GGCCAUUGAACUAUCCAGAGAAGGUGAUCAGUAUUCUUUCGGACGUGGUUAACAUCGCUUUGGGAGUGAACUCUCUGUGUCCAGCCACUCUUCGGACGUCUACCGGCCGAGAUAAAGUUCAUUCAACGGCAGAAGGAUGGUCUGCAUUACUCUCGGGACGAUGAGAUUCAUAUCAACACCCAAUCGGGCUCGCAGUGGGAUGGAUUGCGGCACUUCCCCGUGCAUGCACACGAGGUUUUCUACAACAACACGCUUGCAGCGUCACUUUCCCGUGGAAUUCAAGACAGCGGCGACACAUCUGCAUGCCAAGCUCACAUCGGAAUCCAGAAUUGGGCCGAGCAUGGGAUCUGCGGCCGGGGCGUCCUGUUGGAUCUGGUCCGCUUCAUGAGCACGGACGGCGUUCUGAGCUACGACCCCUGGACCUCACAUGCGUUCACCGUGGCCGAGCUGGAAGCCUGUGCGAAGGCGCAGGGCGUCGAGUUCCGGCGGGGCGAUAUCCUGAUGCUACGCGCCGGAUUCAUCAAGAAAUACAACGAGAGCUCGAAGGAGAGCCGCGACGCUCUUGCGGGGGCACCCGAAACAUUUGCGGGAAUCGAACAGUCAGAGUCUAUGAAGCAAUUCCUGUGGAAUAAUCAUUUCUCCGCAAUCGCGUCGGACCAGCCGUCGUUGGAGCGCUGGCCGACCCCUGCGGGAACUCCGCAUAUGCAUCAGACCAUCUUGGGCUUGUGGGGAAUGCCGAUCGGCGAGAUGUUUGAUCUGGAGAAACUUUCCCAGGUGUGCGAUGAGCAGAGGCGCUACACCUUUUUCGUCUCGUCCUGGCCACUGAACAU